AUGAAUAUCCUUCAUUCUACCCUCUCUACCUGGCGGGACCGGCUAGCGCCAGUCUCGCGCACUUCUACUUUCCGAAACACAGGCCAGAUCACACCAGAGGAGUUUGUCCUUGCAGGCGACUACCUGGUCUACAAGUUCCCCACAUGGUCCUGGGCCGACGCCUCCAGUCCGGCGAAGCGAGUCUCUUUCCUCCCAGACGGGAAACAGUUCCUUGUUACUCGUGGAGUGCCAUGUCACCGCCGACUGAAUGACAACUUUGCCGGAGAUGCGGGCCACGAAGAUGAGAUCGUUCGCGACAUGUUAGCUGGCGAAGGUGGUGCGGGAGAGCCAGGCAGCGAUGGCGAUGACGGCUGGCUACGAACGGGCGGAGGGGCCGACCGAGAUCAGCAGGAGGCUCGGAUCCGCGAUGUACGGACGGUCGACGAGUCAGGGAACGUCGGCGAGCAAGAAGAGGACGACGAAAUCCCAGAUAUGGAAGAUGAGGAUGAUGACGAAGAAGCUAUCAUCCGCGAGCCUGCGGGGCAGUCAGACACAACGCAACGGCUUCGCACCUACACGCUGUAUAUCACAUACUCGAACUUCUACCGCACGCCACGUCUCUACUUGUCUGGAUAUCUCUCGCCAUCGGAGCCACUACCACCACACCUGAUGAUGGAAGACAUUGUCGGCGACUACAAAGACAAGACCGUGACGCUGGAAGACUUCCCCUGGUUCGACGGGAGCGUGAAGAUGGCAACCGUGCAUCCAUGCCGGCACGCCUCAGUGAUGAAGACACUUCUCGACCGAGCUGACGCAGCCCUCAAGUCUCGCCGCGAAAAACUUAAGCAGUCCCAGUCUCGCGAAGAAGCGAACCGGAUACUCAAGUCAAGCGAGGGCGGUCUUGCCGGCCUCGUUGAUGACACGAAGGGCUUGUCGCUUGGCGAGCAUGCACAGGGUGAUGAGUGGGAGGUUCUUCAGCCAGAUGAGGAAGAGCAGUCUGCGAUCCGGGUGGAUCAGUACCUGGUUGUUUUUCUAAAGUUUAUUGCCAGCGUAACACCUGGUAUUGAACAUGACUUUACGAUGGGAGUGUAG